GUGUGAUGUAAGGUCCAUUAAUAUUUAAGAGAGGUGCUGCUGUGAAUCCUCACUAGAAACACUGGGAACAUUUGUUUGAUGCUAUGAUGCAUUUUAAUAAAAACGAAGGUUCUGAAGAAAUCUUGAAAACGGAGAUGGAUUAUGAACGCCCAAGACCUCAGAAAGAUGGUCCAUGUGGCAGGCGGACGGGUAUCCUUAUGCUUCUGGGAACGGUUGCCAUGGUGAUUUCCAUGAUCAUAUUAUUUGUCAUUUGUGGAGACCUGGUUAAGAGGGUUACUAAGGUGGAGAACUUACAUGUAAACAAAUCCAGUGAUCCAGUGACCAAUGAAAAGAGGUUGUCUGAUAUUGAAAGGUUGAUGAACAAUCUUAACUCAUCAUUGAUCUUACUCACAUCCAAACAAGAUGAAGAUCUGAGAAGACUCGAAGAGAGACUCAUAAACAGUCUGAAUGAACUGAAAGCUCAGAUUAACACCAAAUUAUCAUCAGAUAAACCGGUAUCUAACUGUAAAUCUGUCUGGAUCCCGUAUAAUAACAGCUGUUAUCUGUUCUCCAGUAUCAAACUCAACUGGAUGCAGGCGCGAGAUUACUGUAAAAAACAGGGAGCAUCGCUACUGAAACUCGACGGGAGCGACGAGGAAUGGGAAUUUGUGACACGUAAGACCGCAGGAGUCCGUCACUGGAUUGGUCUGACGGAUCAGACCACAGGGCAGUGGAGAUGGACUGAUGACACUCCUUUCACAGAUGACAAACUUUGGGAUGAAGGACAGCCGGAUGACUGGAAAGAACACGGACUGGGAGAGGAGGGAGAAGACUGUGCCCAUAUAUCGUGGAGGGGGACGUUAAAUGAUAUUCACUGCUCUACAAAAUAUAACUUCAUUUGCAAAACUGAACCUGAAAGUAACUGAAAUACGGCAAGAUGAUCUGAGAUGAACAGUUUCAGUACAUCAGUUCUCUGACAGUGAAUGAUGUUUUCAUCCUCUGGACAAAAGCAAAAUCCAACGUCCAAGUUCCCUUGAACCUUUAUUACUUUGAUUUACUUCUUUGAGAAAAUAAAGGAAUAAAUAAAAUGAUGUUUAAAUAUAAGAAUUCAGGUCAUUAAUUAAAUCGGUCAUACUGUACAUGUAGCCCUUGAGUGUCUGAGGGGGUUUUCUUGAUAUUGAGCUUUCAGGAUACACGAUUAUUCAGCAACACGUUUAAAGGUGCCAAAGUAUGCAUUGAAAUAAUCUGUUAAAUUGCGCUGAUAUCUACAAAGAACAUGUAGAUCUAGAGACAGUUUUACAUGUCCAUUUACAACCCUAGGAUUUGCCUUUAUAAUGAAAAGGUCUAUUAUUACCACAUAUGAAAGGGUCAUGAAUAAUAAUGUUGAGCUCUGCUCUGAUUGGCUGUUUCUCCUUCAGUAGCUCUGUGUGUGUGUAAACUGAUCUUAUGUUUGAGUCUGUAUCAGAUUUUGAGGAAUAAUUAAUUGUUUGGAGAUUGUUAAUGGACGUUUCUGAGUGGUAAGUUUGUGUUUUUUUUCAGCAAAACGUAACUGUAACAUCAAUAGUAGAACUUCAGCCUAAACGCUAGCAUAUAGCACUUAAUUUAAUGUUGGUUGUAUCUCGACUGUAACGUCACAGUUGGUGUUAUGUUGAGAUUGGUUUGUUUUCUAGCAGUCUUUUGC